AUGUUGGAAACCCCACAGCUCCUCAUUGACUCAGCUGCUAGCAGCGCCGGCUCAUCGGUCACUCCACCUUCUCGGGAGCCCCACUUACCUCCUUUGGAAAGCUUCAAUGGGGAGCCGAGCACCUGUCUAGUGUUCCUAGCUCAGUGUGCCCUCAUCUUCGAGCUUCAGCCCUCCUACUUCCCCUCGGAUCGCUCCAAGAUAGCCUACCUCAUCACGCUGAUUUCCGGGAGGGCUCUCACCUGGGCUACCGCCGUGUGGGAACAACAGCGGCCAUAUGCGGUAGUCUGGAGAGGUUCGUGGGAGAAGUGA